AUGGGUUGCAUCCAAGCGCCAGCACCAGGCUCUGAUUUUACUCUUCAGCCUGAAAUUUCAACACCUCUGAACUCUGCAGAAAAUAAAAAAUUCAAAUGCUCAAAGUUCGGAAAAGUUGCUGAUACUUAUUCUGUCCAAGAAAGAAUAGAAUCAGGAUCAUUCAGUACCGUGGUAAGAGCCGUUGAUCAAGAAGGCAACGAAAGAGCAAUAAGACUUAUAAACAAAUCAGUGAUAGACCCAAACUCCAUCUAUAAGUUUAACAACGCGCUAGAGAUUCUUAUGGAAUUGGACCAUAUGAAUAUGGUCAAAGUUUUUGAAGUAAUUGAAGACGAAUUUACUAUGCUUGACUUCCAUGAAUUUUAUUUAUUUUUUAAUUAAAAUAGGACUUUUUUAUUAAUUAAAAAUAAACAUUUUAAUGAGUAAGGUGUAUCAAUAUAGUCACUGAGUUUUGCACUGGGAAAGACCUAAUUGGAAAAAUUGCUGACUGCAGUCCAUUUUCCGAAAACCAAGCAGCUGUUAUUAUGUACCAAGUGUUAUCAGCGUUAAUUUCUACCCAUGAAGCUGGGAUUAUUCAUUGGGAUCUGCACCCUGAAAACCUAGUCUUCCUUGAUAGCUCUGAUGAAGCGCCUCUAAAAAUCACUGAAUUCGGUGUCUUCCAGUGGCUGAAAUCAGUUCCUUCAAUAACCGAAAAUAUUGACGUCACUUUUUAUACAGCGCCAGAAGUAAUUGAAGGUAAAUUUGACAAUAAAUGCGAUAUUUGGAGCUGUGGAGCUAUGCUUUAUACAAUGCUAAGCGGAGAGCCACCUUUUACAGGCAGCAAUAAAGAUGAAAUCUUUGCAAGCAUCAAGGAAGCGAAUAUUAAGCUUAAGGGAUCAAGAUGGUCAAAAAUUUCCCAAGAAGCAAAAGAUUUAAUAAGAAAAAUGCUCGUGCUUGACCCAUCUGAAAGAAUUACCGCACAAGAAGCAUGGGAGGAUACUUGGAUUCAAGAUAGAGCAAACGGUGUUAUUGACGACAACGAAAUCAGUUCAAGAGUAGUCAGAAAACUCGUUGAAUUCAAAGUAAAUUUUAUAUAGGCAAAAAACAAACUUCAACAAGCUACUAUGGCAUUUAUUUCCAGCUAUUUAUUAUAGAAAUUUCCCAUAGAUGGCGCGGUUUGCCCUUGAUUUGCCCACUGGGGAAAUUUUUUGGUUUGACCAGUACCAUAUGGUUUGGUCAAACCAAAAAGGUUUCCUCAUGGGCAAAUCAAGGGGAAGCAGCGCCAUCUAUGGGAAAUUUCUAUACCUUCUCAAGACCUAGCCGAUCUUAAAAAACAAUUCGAGUCUCUCGAUGUAAAUCAUGAUGGAAAAUUGAGCCAAGAUGAACUCAGAAGGGGCUUUGAAAAAUUCCCUAAUUUGGCUGGAAUUAACAUUUCCGAGGUCUUUAAGAACUGCGAUUUAGAUGCAAAUGGGUUUGUAAGCUACCAGGAAUUCAUUGACGCAACGCUAAAUUGGCAAAAAGAGUUGACACAAGAGAGACUUGAAGCGACAUUUAAAGCUAUAGAUAAAGAUAACAGUGGAACAUUGACAGCUGAUGAAGUCAAAGCGUUUAUUGGGGAUGGAGCUGACGAUAGAGAGUGGAAAAGGAUUUUGAAAGAUGCUGAUCUUAAUGGAGAUGGAGUUUUGGACCUUGAUGAGUUUAAGGGAGCUAUGGUUAGAUUAUUGCGUUUCCAUACUUAUGGACUCUUAUAAUCCCGAUAUCUCCCAAGUAGACUAAGUAUUGGUUUGCCAGCUUAUGUUGGUGAAGCAUAUCUAAAAUUGUUAAAUCUCCAUUUUCAGACUGAUUUGCCAAUUUAAGGGUUGGCUUAUUACCAUAAGUGGGGAAAACGAACUCUCGGGGCUUUGGGAGUUCAUAAGUGUGGAUAUACUAUAAUGUCCUAA